UGAUGACGUCAGCUAGUGGCGCAGGAAGAUGGGGGCGCGAGGCAGAGCAGAGAGACAUCACACACGGAGACACACCGGGAGCAUGAGACGAUAUGAUGACAGACAGUCACUGGCAGUGUGUUGGAACACAGCCUGAUCUGACAGCAUGGGGCUCAAGCUCAGUGCAAAGGGGCAGCAGAGCCACAGGCUGGUGAUCUUCGCAGCCAUCUUCGUCCUGAUGACACUCCUCAUCCUCUAUGGCUCCAACAAUGUCAACGAUAACAUCUACUCUCCGCUACAUCUGGCUAUAAAUAAGGCCAUCAAGGCCACAGAUCUGAAGAAGUGGUCUGGGAAAGACGGAUAUGUGCCAUUCCAUGGGAACAAGACGAUGAGCCUGCGCUGUGGCAGCUGUGCUCUGGUGACGAGCUCCAGCCACGUCCUGGGGAGUCGAGCCGGAGCGGAGAUCGACCGGGCGCAGUGUGUGAUCCGGAUGAACGACGCCCCCACGCUGGGCUUCGAGGCGGACGUGGGGAACCAGACCUCUCUGAGGGUGGUGGCCCACUCCAGCGUGUUCAGGGUGGUCCGCAGGCCCAGCGAGUUCCUGCACAGGCCCGACAGCAGCCCCGUGAUCAUCUUCUGGGGACCCCCCAACAAGAUGGGGAAGGACGCCAAAGGGACCCUGUACCGGCUGAUCCAGAGGGUCAGCACCACCUACAGCAACAUGUCCUGCUUCAGCAUCACCGCCAGCAAGAUGCGCCGCUUCGACAGCCUGUUUCACCGGGAGACCGGGCGGGACAGACAAAAAUCUCACUCCUGGCUGAGCACAGGCUGGUUCACUAUGGUCAUUGCCAUCGAGCUUUGUGAUAGUAUCAAAGUGUAUGGGAUGGUCCCACCCAAUCACUGUGGAAAAUUUAAACCUCCAGCCAAAAAGAUGCCCUACCACUACUACAAGCCCAGGGGGCCGGAUGAGUGUGUCACGUACCUGCAGCAUGAGGGGGGGCGCAGAGGGAACCACCAUCGCUUCAUCACGGAGAAACAAGUGUUUGGCCGCUGGGCGAAGCAGUACAACAUCACCUUCUCUCACCCCAAAUGGGUUUAGACUUUAGUGGGAAAGAGAGAGAGAAAUAUACACACUCACAGUGGCCUGCUUGAGAGAAUAAGCCCUGAUGAAGCCACAUAAUCACAGUGGCCUGCUUGAGAGAAUGAGCCCUCAUGAAGCCACAUAAUCACAGUGGCCUGCUUGAGAGAAUGAGCCCUCAUGAAGCCACAUAAUCAUGAAAACGCCAAGAGGACGAAGAAUCUUUUGGUCAAAAGCGUUUGGACCAAAUGAGAGGAAAUAAUGGAGAGGAAAUAAUAUAUUGUGUAAAUCCCACAUUGACGUGGUGGCCGUCCGACAGGUGUUUUUGUAAAUAGAGAAGAAAUUGAAUUUAAAGAGGAAUUUUUACAUGUUUCUAAUAUUUUUGUUAUUGAAAAUGCACUUGUGUUUCCCAUGCUCAGGGGGGAUUAUAUAAGCAAGCAUUCUCAUGAAACACAACUAUAUAGACUACAAAACUCUACAUCAACCGUCUAUUAUACAAAUGUGAAACUACAGUAACUGCAGUCAGAUUCAACUAAACCAUUUCAUCGGCAUGUACAUUUCAGUAUAUUCACAUUUAGUAUGGGAGCAAUAUGACGUACAGGACCAUUAUACUUUUUGAUUAUUUUAGCUAGAAUCAUUUCUUCAUACGUUUGACACACAGGCAAUAAAUACAAAUAUGAACCUGAAAAUGAAGCAAAAUAGGGCCCCUUUAAACUUAGAACAGACACAAAUAUGUUUUGAUUAUAUUGAUAGGACACAUUAAGGCUCUUGAAAUUAUGUGGCACACAAAUCUAUUCUCCAGAUACUGAUUGCCACUUUCACAGAAUACUUAGGUCUUAUACUAAGAUGAGUUUUUUCCAAUCUUAAAGAAGUUGUCAUAUCCUGGAUUUGUCUAAUGUAGUACUUCAUUGUAACAUUUUUGCUGUUGAUUUGAUUCAGAGUUAAAGUUGAUGCCUCAUGACCUUUUUACCUCAGUGGCAUUUCAGCGCAUGCAUCUUAAAUUCACAAAAUGCAUCAUGAUCGUGUUAUAUAUAUCAGUAUGUUGCUCUUAGGAAUGCACGAUUCAACUAAACAUGACUAAACUAAACAGGAUGCAGAGAAGGGUGCAAUAUCUAAAACUGUGAUGCCUUUUGCAAACAAAGUGUUCCUUCAUCUUUAAGGGAGCAAUGUGCUUGAUCAGAAGCCAGUAUAGUUGGGUUUUUUUGGAAGGUUAUUUGUUGGAAAAAAUACAUAAUCCACAUCAACUGCUGCUACUUUACCGAUAUUAAAUUGCCUGCGAAAUAUAUCAAGAUAUUACUAUUACUACAAAAUGUCUAUAUUGCAUAUAAUGCAAAAACAUUCAAUAGCUAAGACACCCAAGUUAUAUAAAUAAGGAAAAACUAAGUAUAAUAAACGUUAAUUAAACCGAUGCAAUUCAGCAGCACAACAAUACAGGCCUCAAAAUAUUGUAUUACUACUAUUCUAAAAGUUAAAAACUGAACAUUUAUGAAGGUAUUAUUUAUUGCAGGAGUUGUAUCAAACUAUGUAUUGCCACAUGUACCUAAUUAUGUGGGAACUGAGUGUAUAUCAAGCUAAUCCACAAAUACUCAGAACAACAAACGCAUACUGCAAUUCCUGUGCAAACCUGGUAUUAAAAUGAAAUAUUUGCCUGG